AAAAUUCACAGACUUUGACGGACAAAAACAUUAAGGGAAUCACCAUCAAAUAGAGUAGUGGAAAACCACCACCAUUUAUAAUGGAAAAUGUGAUAUAAAAUCAAAAAAAUAAAAAUAAUAAAAAAAAGGAGCAUGGCAUAAAAUUUGCACAACCCAAAAUAUAAAAAUACUAUUUUCUAGUAGGAUCUAUUAAUCUACACACACACCUUUAUAGAAUCACCGCUAAUAUUUAAUAUCGAAGAGCAAUUUAUAAACUUAUGCAAAUUCGUUUUUUUUUUUUUUUGGGUUAAAAUUUUGUAUAGCUAUAUAAAAAAUAAAAAAUAAAUUCUAAGAAUCAUGUCUGAACGUAUAUCAAAUGAAGAUGAAAAAUAUGGUAUUCUUAAGGAAUUCGUCAAAAAUAACACUUCACUACCAUUAAUAGAAGAAAAUUUAUUAAAAAAUUUUCUACAUUGCUGUGAUCAUAAUGUUGAAUCAGCUAAAAUUCUAAUCGUUAAUAGUUAUAAAUUACGUAGCAGUUAUCCACAAAUAUUUAUAGAUCGUGAUCCUGAUAGUAUUGAAAUUAAACAACAAUUAGAAUCCGAGGCAAUGGUAUUAUUCCCUGAAAAAACAAAUAAUGGUGACCAAGUAACACUUUAUAAACUAAUGAAUGGUGAUCCCAGUAAGUUUCGUUUUACAAUGGCUUUAAAAAUUUUUAUAAUGUUUUUUGAUGUUCGUUGUAUUAUACCGGGUGCAACUGGUAAUCAUGAAAUAACAAUAUUUGAUAUGGAUGGUUGCUCAUUGAAACAUGUUAAAAGUGCUAAUAUAACAGCAAUACGUGCUCUCUUUAAAUAUUUACAAGAGGCAAUAACAGUUAAAUUGAAGGAAAUACAUUUAUUAAAUUGUCCAGUAUUUAUAGAUAAAAUAAUGGCUAUUUUAAAGCCAUUCAUAAGAAAUGAUCUCUAUAAAAAGAUAAGAUUUCAUCAACCAAAUUCUCUAACGAUAUAUGAUUAUGUACCAAAAGAAUUAUUUCCAAUUGAAUAUGGAGGAAAUUCAUAUCAUUUAGAGGAUAUUCGUACAGAAUGGGUUAAUAAAUUAAAAGACAAUAGAGAAUAUUUAAUCAAUUCAGAGAAUUGGAAAUAUCGUAGCAAUAGCAGUUUAUUUGCUAAUCCUCUUUCAGAUGGAACAUUUAAUCCUUUAAAUUUUGAUUAGAUUUUAAAUUCUUAAAUUAAUUUUUAUUUCUUAAAUUUAAUAUAGUAAAAAUCCUUAUUUAAAUAAUGACAAAUACACAUAAAUUAAUUAUUCAAUUACAUAUAUUAAUGUACUUAAUUAAUAUACAUAUAUUUUUUUGUUCCUUAAGAAAUAUUUUCAAUUCUACAAGAUUAAGAUAGUGAAACGAAAACCAAGUUAACAAUAUAUGACAUAUUAUUGGCUAUACAACGUAAUAAAGUAGAUUUUGAGAGUUAAAUAUGAAAAAUUACUUAGUUUCGUUUCUGUUUCUUAAUCCCGCAGUAUUGUGAAUAACUCUAUAUUUAUAAUUACAAUUUAUUAUAUUCACACAAAAAUUUUAUUUAUGCCUAUACAUACUUAUAAAAUGAAAAGAAAAUUAUAACUAAGACAAAGUGUUUUUCGAACAUUAAAAAACAAGUUCUUUAAACCGUAUUUAAUGGAAAGAAAUGGUAUUAAAAAUAAUAAGAAUGAAUUUUUUGAGACUACAUUAAUUAUAUUUUAAAUGCACACUUUGUAAAUUAAUUUAAAUUUAAAUUAAUAUUUUCAUUUUUUAAUAACAUUAACAAAAAAACAACAGCUAUUAAACUAGAAGAACAAAAAACAUACAUACAUACAAUUUUAACAAUUAUUUUAAAUGUUCUUUUUUAAUUUUUCUUUUUUAAUAAAAAAUUGCACUUCAAUCAUAAAAAUAUUAUAUUAGAAAUAAUAUUAUUAAAGACUGAAUAUUUUAAUUUUCAUUUAAAUUUAUUAUAUUCAAUAAUUCAAAAAAAAAAAAGUAAAAAACAGAAAAAAAAAAAAUUAAAUGUUUGCCUCAAAUAAUGACUGAAGGUUAUUAUAAGUAAUUUAAAAAAAAAAAAAUUAAAUGUAAUGUGAAAUUUUUUCUGUAUAAAAUGGGCCUCCAACAAAUUCCAAUUUAUUAAUCAAUCAAUUGUACCGGAAAAUUCUAUUUCGUUGAAUCAUGUUUCAGAAGAUCGUGAAUCAGUAAGUGUUUAUAAUGUUUGAAUUUUUAUAAAUGUAGAUUAAAUGUCUAUAAAGCAAUUUUUCUUAAUUUGAACAAUUGCCUCGCAGUAACACUUAUUAACAUUAUGAUCCCAAACUUGUGAGAUUUUUUAAAAAUUUGGUUUUUAAUGCUAUAACAAUUUGAAGCUUAAAAUUAAAUUAAAGUUCAAAUUAAAUUCAG